UGCUGGCCGUGGGCUGUAUGGAAUUGAUAGUAUGCCAGACCUGCGUAGAAAGAAAUCUUUUCCCAUUGUUCGAGAUGUGACACUUGCAGCUCGAAAAUCUGGCAUUUCCAUGGCCAUGCUCAUCCGAACCUCCAUAAACAAUGAUGAAAUGAAAAUACAUGUUUUUAAGAAGACUUUGCAGGCUUUGAUCUAUCCGAUAUCAUCAACUACACCUCAUAACUUUGAAGUUUGGACGGCUACAACUCCCACAUAUUGUUAUGAAUGUGAAGGUUUACUGUGGGGCAUAGCCCGACAAGGCAUGAGAUGCACUGAAUGUGGUGUCAAAUGCCAUGAGAAGUGCCAAGACCUCCUAAAUGCUGACUGUUUGCAGAGAGCUGCUGAGAAAAGUUCCAAACAUGGUGCAGAAGAUAAAACACAGAAUAUUAUCAGUGCUAUGAAGGAAAGAAUGAAGAUCAGAGAGAAAAAUAGACCCGAGGUGUUUGAAGUGAUCCAGGAAAUGUUUAAUAUUUCCAGAGAAGAUUUUGUACAAUAUACAAAAGCAGCAAAGCAAAGUGUUUUGGAUGGAACAUCCAAAUGGUCAGCAAAAAUAACCAUUACAGUUCUUUGUGCUCAGGGCUUACAAGCGAAGGACAAAACUGGCUCGAGUGACCCAUACGUUACUGUGCAAGUUGGCAAAACCAAGAGGAGAACAAAGACUAUUUUUGGAAACUUGAAUCCAGUGUGGGAUGAAAAAUUCUAUUUUGAAUGCCAUAACUCUACAGACAGAAUUAAAGUCAGAGUAUGGGAUGAAGAUGACGACAUCAAAUCUAGAGUAAAACAACACUUCAAAAAGGAAUCGGAUGACUUCCUCGGGCAAACAAUCAUUGAAGUAAGAACACUGAGUGGAGAAAUGGAUGUAUGGUACAAUUUAGAAAAGCGAACAGAUAAAUCGGCUGUGUCUGGUGCCAUUAGAUUGAAAAUAAAUGUUGAAAUAAAAGGAGAGGAGAAAGUGGCUCCCUAUCACGUUCAGUACACCUGUCUACAUGAGAACCUAUUCCAUUACUUGACGGAAGUUAAAUCGAAUGGUGUCGUAAAAAUUCCUGAAGUGAGAGGUGAUGAAGCCUGGAAGGUGUACUUUGAUGAUGCUGCACAAGAAAUUGUAGAUGAAUUUGCAAUGCGCUAUGGAAUUGAAUAUAUUUAUCAAGCUAUGACGCACUUUUCCUGUCUAUCUUCUAAAUAUAUGUGCCCUGGUGUUCCAGCUGUUAUGAGUACACUGUUGGCCAAUAUAAAUGCUUUCUACGCUCAUACUACAGCAGCAACGAAUGUGUCUGCCUCAGAUCGGUUUGCUGCUACUAACUUUGGGAGGGAAAAGUUCAUAAAGCUGCUGGAUCAAUUACACAAUUCUCUGAGGAUUGAUUUAUCUAAAUACAGGGAUAAUUUUCCUGCCAGCAAUUCUGAAAGACUCCAAGAUCUGAAAUCAACUGUGGACCUGCUUACCAGCAUUACUUUUUUUAGAAUGAAGGUCCUCGAAUUGCAGAGCCCACCUCGAGCCAGUAGUGUGGUGAAAGACUGUGUAAGAGCCUGCCUCGACUCAACCUAUAAAUACAUUUUUGACAAUUGCUAUGAUCUCUACUUCCAGUCAGUGGAUCAGAAACAAGAAGUUCCUAAAGAAGAACAGGGACCAACAACAAAGAAUUUGGAUUUCUGGGCACAGCUUAUUACUCUGAUGGUCACCAUCAUAGACGAAGAUAAAACAGCAUACACACCUGUUUUGAACCAGUUCCCUCAAGAGCUGAACAUGGGAAAAAUCAGUGCCGAAAUCAUGUGGACUCUGUUUGCCCAGGACAUGAAAUACGCUCUGGAAGAGCAGUUCGGCAUGGCUGUUCAGGCUAUGUCCUGUGACUGCACCAGAGCGCCUCUGGUAUCUGCUCCGGGGAUGUAUGGAUCUGGAGCUGCUGCUGGGAGACUUGCUGCUCUGCAGCAGUGCUGCCCACCUCCUUGGCAGUGGGAGCCAACAGGCCCCACGAGCCGGAGACUGGCAGUCGUUCCACCCUCUGCCUUGUCUUCUCCCUUGAUCCUUGGGCAGCAGAGUCCACCCGGGAUACUGCUGUUGUGCCAUGCAGAAG